GUCUCCCCCAGAUGACGUCACCUGCGCGUCACCAUGUUUUGAGUUUCAGCGCGUUUCCACUCCACGGGUCGUUGCUUGAUGUCACCUGCGGAUUUCAGGAUGGAAACCAGCGUUAGUUUGAUGAUCAUGUUUGAGGACGAGUCUGUAGAUGUCCGCUACGUUAACGGGUCCCAGUUGCAGCUGUCGCCGUGUGGCUGCGAAUUCGUGUUGGUGAAGGCCAGAGACCCCUCAGGGCAUCCGCUGCAGCCGACUGAGAGAGUCCGACAGAGGACGAGGUUCACCAUUAGCAUGUACAAGGAGUCUAUGGCAGCUGCAUUGCUCUUUAGGAAUAAGUACGCAAGUCGCCCAUAUUUGCCACAGGAACUGAUCUCUGCUGACCAGAAGAAGCCUUUUUUCAGCCUUGACUCGGACGUGCUGUGGCCUGAAUGGUCUUCUUGUGAGGCUGAGUUGGGACCGGGGCGCGAGACCAUCGUGAGAUCCGAGGACGGGCGAACCGUGUUGGUGUUGUCGCCCUCGGGCGAGGAUUUCACCAUUGAAUUCACAUGCAGCCUGAGUCAAAUUCAAAAUCACCAUCAGUGUGUCGGCACAGAUCACGUUGAAGCUGGCAGUCGGCAGAAAGGAAGCAAUGCGAUUAAUCAGACGAGCUGUGAUGAGACCCAAAAGACUUAUCGAGGAAGAAAGAAUGAAACAAUUAGGCCAAGGUCCUGUUCUCCUCAGUUCAACACCACUGCUCAGUCAACGCCUGAAGACAUGUACCAGUCCACUAAGGUCAUCCAGCAUCAUUCCUGCUGUGCUGUUCCCUACAUGUGGUCCUAUCCGCUUUCCUUGGCUCUACACCACUGGACAACUCAUUUGUCCAAACCUAAAGAUGUCAGGACAGAAGGGUCCAGAGAGUGUAGCCAGGCAGAUAAGAGGUCAACCAUGUCAGACACAUCCAGUGAAAGGAGAAGGUCCUGCCUGCCUCAGGCGCUGCCUCUCACAUGUCCCUCACCACAUUGGCACAGGUGGAAGGUUAAAGACCCUCUAGCCUUACCAGAACCUUCAGACCAAGACCUUCCAACAGAACCAGUGAAAGUGAUGUGGUGUCAAGGAGUCACCUACAGGAUACUGAGUGGCGCUGUCCCAGUUAUGGAGGUUUCCCCAGGAGAUGGGUCUGUGAUUCGAUCUAAUGGUGUCCUUAACAACUAUUUUACCCAUCACAAACCUAACCUUCAGUUUGGCCAGGUCAAAGAAGUAAUUUACCAUUUGAAUAGUCUUCCACCUGAUGUAUUGGGACAGGCCUAUUCCAUAAGCUCCAUUGUAAGACGUGCUAGCAGGAUCCUUACAUGCUACAACCAAGUCAAGCAAUCGCUAAAACUACCUGCUACACCCAGCUGCUUACACGAGGAUGUACAUUUUGCUAAACCAGUGAUACUUGAAAAGCAUCCUUCUACUGCUACUGGUGUUGAGCAGUAUGUGAGUGGCACCCAGACAGUAGAAAGUCGGUCAGACAUUGUAGCUGCAGAACUGGAAAAGAUAAAACGGUUCAACUUCAUCCUGGAGAACAGCCACCUACUAAAAAGUGAGAAAAGAUGUGUUGAUCUGAAAGCUAACACUACAGAAGUGAUAAAAGAGAGCUGCAUCAGCGAAGCUCUUGUGACGACAUCCAGAGUUAUACAGGACAUUGAUGCACUCAUAUCUGAAACCAUGCUGAAACAGUGAAGACAUGCUCAACCUUAAAAAUGAAAAGAUUCUUUUAUUAUUUUGCACAGUGACUCAAAUAAAAGCUCAUCCCUACAGUA